AAAAUAAAUUUAUGGAAUCAAUUUCAACAUAUUAUUAUUAUUACACAAUGUAAUAACCGCAAUGAACGAAAAUUCAACGUUUCUAUAAGAUACUUCAACUUAUGAUGCACAAACAGCAGUGAAUUUGGCCGAUUUUGCAACUCAGAUCAAAAUUUAGACAACAAUUUCCACCAGAUAUAGUAAUUUCCAUGAAAAAAAUGUGGAUUUGGCCGCUUUUGAUUCCAAGCUACUCAAAUUUAAAUUUAUUUGCCUUAAAAGUACAACAUUGACCAUUAUAACAAAAACAAUAUUAUCGAUGAAUCAGAUAAAAUACUAAGAAACACAAAAAGUACAUGAGAUUGUUAUCGAUUAGGACAAUACGUCAUCUUGUUUAAAACUCAUUUCAUUUUAUUUUUAUACCUAUUAUAAUAAUAAAGUAGAGAAUAAAUAAUUAUUAAAACUAACUUUUUAUUAACCGGUCAAUAUCUAAUCUAGAGAUAGUUAUUAAAACACUUUAUUUACAUUACACUUACACUAAAAAAAAACGAUUGCUUAAGCAUUAAAAGUGAAGUGGUUAAAUCAAAAAAAAUUUAAUCUUUUUAUUUCCAAUUAAUAUAUAAAGGGGAUCGUUUUAAAACUAGCCACAACUUACGAGUUCGAUCAAUUCUAAGUAAAAUGCGUUUCAUCCUUGCUUUAGUUUUUGUUGGUUGCGCCUUCGCCGCACCAAGAGAUGCCCCAAUGGUCCCAAUGCUCGAUGGACGCAUUGUAGGAGGUUCAAACGCUAACAUCGCAAACUUCCCUUACCAAUUAAGUUUAAGAUCUUCAGGAUCUCACAUUUGUGGAGCUUCAAUUAUUAGCGCAAAUUGGGCUAUCACCGCCGCUCAUUGCGUCGUUGGAAAAACCGCAUCUUCCUUGACAAUCCGUUCUGGAAGUAGCCUCCACGCCUCAGGAGGGACCAUCCAUAGCAUCUCCUCGAUUAUUUAUCACUCAAGUUAUAAUUCAGCUACCGUCGAUUACGAUAUUGCCGUUAUUAAAGUUAGCACAGCUUUUAAUAUUGGAGCUUCUGGUGUGAACACAGUUGCUCUUCCUUCUGAUGGAAGCACCCCAAGUGCUGGAACUAAUGCUAUUGUAUCAGGAUGGGGAACUUUAAGCUCUGGGUCUAGUAGUCUUCCAACUCAGCUUCAAUCCGUCACUGUACCAAUUGUUAGCCAAUCUAGUUGUAAAUCUUCUUAUGGAACUUCAUCCAUCACUGAUCGUAUGUUAUGCGCUGGAUUUACUGCUGGAGGUAAAGACGCCUGUCAAGGUGAUAGUGGAGGUCCAUUAGUUGUUGGAAAUACUCUCGUUGGUGUUGUUUCUUGGGGAAGAGGAUGCGCUUUGGCUGGAUACCCCGGUGUUUAUGCCAGCGUUGGUAAUCUUCGCAGUUGGGUUCGUCAACAAACUGGAGUUUAAAUUUAAAAGAUAAUAUUAAAAUCUAUCGAUUUUUUUUUCAAAUUUUAAUAUUUAAUUUAAUGAAAAUUAUUUUGACACUAGAUUAUGUG